AUGGUGCUACAACUGCAUGUGUGGGGGCCGGCCUUUUCUCUGCCUUCCAUUGAUGCCCAAUGCCUCGCAGCUAUUGCCUACUGCUCCCUAGCCCUCCCCAAGGGCUCGUGGGAGCUGGUCGCGACCAGCGAUCCCUCCGUGUCCCCUACUGGUGAGCUACCCGCCCUCCAAGAUGGUUCGGUGUGGGUGAGCCGCUUCCGCAAUAUCGUGGACUACCUGCGCCAAUACUCAGACGGAGAAUGGGAUCUGGACCACCAGCUAGAUGAAACAGGUCGCGCCGACAGCAUUGCCUUCUCCUCCUUCAUCGAAUCCCGCGGCCAGAUCCUCCUCGACCUCUCCCUGUACGUCAGCAGCCAGAACUACUACGGCAACACAUCGCCUGCAUACGGAAGCCUCCUCCAAUGGCCGAACCAAUGGAUCCUGCCGCCAAAGCUGCACGGCGCCGCCAAGGCCCGCACCGAGCACUUGGGUCUGUCGUCGCUGGACCUGCAAGCGAUGGAAGAGCAACGCCAACGUGAACACUCGGCCGGGGUGGCAGCUGGUCGAAUCCCGAAGAAUCUGAUCACACGCCCACGCGACACGGUGUCGAAGCUGCUCGGCCGGACGGCACAGCAAAACCACUUCCGGCUGGACGCGCUAACAGGCGAGUUCUUUGAGCCGCUGGAGGCUAUGUUGGGUCAGAAGACGUAUCUCCUGGCUGCAACUGGGGACGAUGCGCCGUCCAGCCUGGACUGCAUUGCGCUUGGGUAUCUUUCGCUGGCGCUUGUGCCCGAGCUCACUUUCCCAUGGCUGCGGGACGCCAUGCGCACCAAGAGCCCGCUACUCGCGGAGUACACGGAGCGCGUGCGACAGCGGUGUUUCGGACAGGCACCCGUGGAAGUCGCGCAUGCCUUUUCGCCGCAGUCUGCGCCGUCGUCCCAGCUGCCGUGGCGGACUCCUAGCCGCAUUUCCGUUGCGGCUGUCGGCAGUACACUUCUCGAUACCCUGGCUGAUGCUACGCCAUUACUGCGCAACGUUCGCAAGUAUAACAGCUUGAAGGCUGGUGCUCAGUCGCCGGACGCAGACCUUUCAGGUCUCGAAAAGAACGUUGUUGCCCAGGCUGCAAACAAUGGGAAGAAGGACAUGUAUGCGUCUGUCGCUACGGUCGUGGGUGGCCUUGCUUUGCUGGUGGGCUACAUGUUCCACAUCGGCAUGAUCUCUGUCAAGGCACAGGGCCACGGAGAGGAGGAAGGCACAGAAGAGGUCAGUGACAUGGACUUCAAUGCAGGCUCCGCAGCCGACUUCCUGAGCGUCGGAGGCCUGUGA